AUGGGUUGCUGGCGAUAUGGUUGGAAGCGUGCCGGAUCCACUUUUUGCUAUAAUGCGACGGCGGUUUGGCACGAUCUCGGGGAUUGGCCGGAGGAGCCGAUCGAGCUGGACGUGCAGGCCAGCGAUAGCAUCCAAUGGCUCGUCAACUUCUACCUUGAUGAGCAGCCCGAUCGAAGGAAUCGUAUCGGCAAUGAUCAACUUGUUGAGCGCAGUUCCGACUUCAAAUACCAGGAGAAAUGGCUGCCGACGACGACAAGCACCACCACCACUACGACCACCACCGAGCCGGAGCCGACGGAGAGUGAAGAAGACAAACUGCGCCACCAGCUGGCCAUCGAGCAGGCCGACGCGGCCUACUACCGCUUCAUGCUGCUGUUCAUCAGCUUCGCGGUGGCGGUGGCGAUUUUGGGCACCUCGCACUACAUCAAGUACCGCACCGAGGUCAAGGGGCAGAGGCUGUACGGCCCCCACCCGACCGUCAACAAAACUCCGCCCAGCACGCCAGCCCCGAAGCCGGAAGAGCCGCCGAAGUCCGUCUACGUUCCGCCCUCCUCCAAUGAUGCCCCACUC